AUUUAAACUCGCACAUUAGGCUUCGGCUCAAGAGAAACCGAAACCUAUACUAACGCGGUGGCAUUUUGGCAAUUUUAUCGAAUUUAUAUGCCUCGGUUACGCUAGAAUCAGUGUCAAAAGGCUUUUCUGUCUCGGCUAAAAUCAAAACCGAUGCCUAAAACGUAAAAAUUCCCUCCAGAAUUGACCUUUUUUGCCCGAGAAAAUUUUGAACAUGAUCUACUUCCUCGGUUGGCGCAGAACCGAGGCGUAUAGGUGAACUUCUACUUCGCGUAUGCGGGGAACCGGUGCACUAUCUUCUGCAUAGCUCUGACAUGUCGAUUUUUUUUUGGGAAUAAGCAUCGGGUGCUAUGUUUAAUUGAGGCAUAUAAUGAUUUACUACCUCAGGAAAAGGUAGAAUCGAGGUAGUAUGCUUUCCAAACCCCAUACCUUUCCCAUUUCGUUCACUUUCUGUGCUCUUCUCCUCUCUGCCCCAAAAUGAAGCACUUCAUGCUCCCAAGAAACCCUCUCAGGGACGCAGAACUGGCUUCUGCGGCCACCACAACCGCCUCUUCUAGCUCCGCCAAAACCCGUCCCUCUCGCAAGCACAAACACUUCAAAGAGAAUGACCCUCCCUUCGAUCCCAAUCUCACCGUUCCUUCCCCCGCUAAGUUCAAGAGUCCCUUGCCUCUGAGACCCUCCACUUCCAACCCUCUCAAGCGAAAGCUUGCCAUGGAUGCCGAUGCCCUAACCGACAAUUCCCUCCCUGCAUCCUCCGAUUCCGUCAAGGUUAUUGUGAGGAUGAGGCCGCUCUGUCCCGAUAAGGACGAAGGAGAUCCCACUGUUCAAAAGGUUUCCAAUGAUUCAUUGUCCAUCAAUGGCCAUAACUUCACCUUUGAUUCCGUUGCUGACACUACGACUACUCAGUUGGAUAUUUUCGAACAUGUUGGUGCGCCACUGGUGGAGCAUUGCUUAGCUGGUUUCAAUAGUUCAGUUUUUGCUUAUGGACAGGAAGAUUGUGGUGUGAUGCAUCGACUGAGCAGAAAUAGCCGUUUUACUUAUGUUCAGAACAGAACAAGAUUUACAUCUUUGGAUACUGUGAGUAGUGAUUUAGUUGAAGAGAGUGCGGAAGGUACCUAAGGACCAGAAUCUUAAGGCUAAGGCUCCCCAAGCGAAGCGCCACAAACAUUCUUCAGAAAUGGGUCCUUCAAGGGAAUCCUGUUACGCUCUCUCAACUUCGAGAUAUUUCCAAAGAGCUUCGAAGAUCUCAACAUUACAAACACGCUUUGGAGGUCUGCUCCAACUAAAAGACCCUCUCAAAUCAAAGCAUCAAAGAACUCAUAUGACCCAUUGAUAAAAAAAAACCUAUAUUGCCUCGGUUCAACUCUAAACCGAGGCAUAAAACUUCCCUCUACUGUCUCGGUCCACUAACAACUGAGUUCACAAGUCUGACAGAAAAAAUAAUAAAAAAAGGAACACUACUGCCUCGGUUACAUUUGAACCGAGGCAAAGUCUUACAUUUUUUUUGUCUCGGUUCAGAACCGAGGCAAAAAGCCUAACACUUUUUACCUCGUCUGUAUAUACCUCGGUUGCAGAACCGGUGCAGAAUGGCGAAAAUAACCGAUGCCAUUUCCCUUUAUUGUACUAGUGUUUUAUCAAACAGUUGGUGUGCAAGGAAUUUAACAUCGUGUA